UCACACUCUGAUAGGUGAGAUCCUGUGAAGCUAGCAGGUGGUACAGUUUGUGAAGAAGUUCAUAGAGAUACUCAGCACUUCUAAACCCACCAGUCUGAGAAGACAAAGAUGCCAUCACACUCUCUCUUACACGUUCUCAGACACGUUCUUUGACAACAUGGCUGCCACAUCUCUUCUGCUCAUCACUCUCUGACCUGCUCCGGGGCUCACAGCUUGUCAAAACUACCCUGAAGAGUGAAGCUGUGUAGCAGAUCCCUCUCCCUAAGAAUGACCAGGACAUCAAGGCCAAAUCCUUCUGUACCGUGGCACGGUGAAUGCCACAAAUAGGAGGCUCUGCAAACCCACACCUUCUGGAGGUGAAUGUCACUGAUGUAGACAAGUUCCUGCCAGAGACCUUAUGGGAAAACUGGCACCACAACCCUGUCUAUGAUAAUGUGCCAGGUGUUACACCUGCUGAUUACAAAGGUGUUUGCAAGGGAGAUUCAGGAGGUCCUCUGGUGUGUAAGGGGACAGCAGUAGGAGUUGUGAUUCAACCAGCAAGGAAACUGCGAUGAGCCACAGAAGCCCAACAUCUACACCAAAAUAUCCAGCCUACCAGGACUCUGGCAUAGUGAAUGGAGCAGAAGCCACACGCCACUCCAAACCCUACAUGGUCUCUGUACAAGCAAAGAAGUCACAUAUCUGUGGAGGGUUCCUCGUGUCUGAGAGCUUUGUCAUGACAGCCGCCCACUGCUACAAAUGGGCUGUGAAUCUGACGGUUGUGGUUGGUGCUCAUGACAUCACAAGACAGGAAAGUUCUUCUUACAGGAUUGAUGUGAAAUAUUACCACAUACAUCCUGGUUACAAUGCUAAGACAUUGGAGAACGACAUCAUGCUGUUGCAGGUACAUGACAGAGGAAGUAUGCACAAUCUUGUCAAAACGACCCCGAAGAGCAAAGCUGUGCAGCAGAUCCCUCUCCCUAAGAAAGACCAGGACAUCAAGGCCAAAUCCUUCUGUACCGUGGCAGGGUGGGGUGCCACAAAAACAGGGGGCACUGCAAACCCACGCCUUCUGGAGGUGAAUGUCACCGUUGUAGACAGACGUUCCUGCCAGAGAUCUUGGGGGAACACUGCCACCAUAACCCCGUCUCUGAUAUGUGCCGGUGGUACCCCUGCUGAUUAUAAGGGUGUUUGCCAGGGAGAUUCAGGAGGUCCUCUGGUGUGUAAGGGGACAGCAGUAGGUGUUGUGUCAUUCAACCAGCAAGGAAACUGUGAUGAGCCACAGAAGCCCAACGUCUACACCAAAAUAUCCAAGUAUCUUUCCUGGAUCAAGUCUAUCAUUAAGUAUUAAGGAAUGAGACAUUAACUGAGUGACAAUUAUAUAUCAUUGUAUCAAACAAUAAAGGAUGUCCGUUCUUCAAUUAGCUCUGUACCGUGUGUGUGUAUGCUCGAGUAGGAUUAGUGUAUAUGCAUGCAUGUGUAUGUUUGUAUUUUAGUUGAUUUUCAGUGACAGCCUCAAGUCAUUUGGAUUACUGUUAGUGCUAUUUGGGGUGUUAAUUGGAUUAAUUCUGACAUUUAUUGAUUUGUGUACUUGUUUGACAUUUUAUUGCAUUGUUAGGAGCUAGUAACAUAAGCAUUUCGCUGCAUGCGCUAACAUCUGCUAAACUGCGUACAUAACCAAUAAACAUUUGAUUUGAGUAUACCUCUUCAGACAGCGAGCUCGUCUCGCAUCUUCAGCUGUCAUCACCAAACACCACCACACAUGGAAACUUGUGGUCAAGAAUACAGAGUAACUCGUUUCAUGAAGCUGUCACAAUGCUUCGAAACCACAACACAGCUUCUGUUUUCAGAC